AUGUCAACCUUCAUUGUCCGUCCGUCCAACACGGACAAGGAUCCAUUUCGGAUCAAAUUGACGGCUGUCUCCAUGCUCUCACUGAAGCUCAAGUCCGGUGACACUUGCGAGCUGCGAAGCACAGAUAGUGCUGAAUAUGGUAAAAAGAAACUGGCGAUAGCCUGGGAGGCCUCCGGAGCAGGCAUGAAAGACUCGAUUGUUCAAACCUCCAAGCUCCUUCAAGAAGUGUACGGGUUCAAACUGGGCGAUAAGAUUGUAAUUGCCAGAUCGUCACAAUUGUUGCAGGACUCCGACCGGGUCAGCCUCGAACAUGUCGGAUCGACUCUUGACGAGGAGGGGACGAAAUUCUGGGAGACUUAUGCCAAAUCAGCUAUUCCUGGAGUUGACGAGUGCUUGGUCGAAUCUCAGCGGCUGCGAUUCAGAUUGGGACUUGAAGUUACGGAGUUCGUCGUCAAGGAUGUUGCAGCCCAUGAUGCCAUGAUCGCGCGCGUGUCGAAGAACACCAAGUUUCGGAUUAGUACAUCCAAUGAACCGACCGCAGCUUUGGAAAUCGACUUCAGUCCUAGCCAUCUCGGUGGGUUGCAAGAAGCUGUUCGUCAGGUACGAGACAUUGUCACUAGAAUCUGCCGACCAGUCGUCAAGAGUCACUUCAAGUUGUAUCGACCUAUCCAGGGCGUCCUUCUUUACGGGGCAAAGGGCACGGGAAAAAGUGCAUUUAUCUCGGCUCUGGCACAGUCCGGAUGGCCAACCGUUGUCGAUUGGAAACCGGGGACACAGCUUCGGCUAUCAAAUGAGCCCCAGCUGAUUAUCCUGUCUCCGAGAUACAUAUUGCGCAACGCAGGAGGUGGGUCUAACAUGGUGAACGAACUUGACAAGUUGUUCGAUCAAAUCAAGGACAGUCCAAUAUUGGUCGUGAGCGAGGUUCGACAUCCAAAUGACGUUGACGGGGCUUUACGAUCUGAAGGGAAAUUCGCGGCCGAGAUCGAAUUGCCUAUCCCGUCCGCGCUGCAGAGGAAGGAGAUUUUGGUCGCCUUGCGUGGUGACGACAUUGUACCGCCAACCGGCCUGCUUCAGGAGAUGGCGGAGAGAACUCAUGGCUACGUCGGUGCGGACCUGUAUGCGCUCGUCCGGCGGACUUUGGAACUUGCAGCCGAUCGGUCUCCAUCAAAUGCGCCUCCCACGGUCAAUGGCAAGAAGUCCUUACCAAAGGGAGACAGAACAACGUUGCGAGAUACUUCGGGCGAGCCCCUUGCGCCGCUGGAAGUGAAGUCGAUAGAUCUUGAAGAAGCCCUUCGCGAGAUACGGCCAUCCGCCCUACAAGAGAUUUUCCUCGAAACACCCAAUGUUCACUGGUCCGACAUUGGCGGGCAACAUGAGAUUAAACGACAGUUGCACAAUGCAGUUGAAAGGCCGUUGAAGUUCGCCGAUCGCAUGAGAAAGUUGGGACUGCAGCCGAAGAAAGGCGUCCUUCUGUACGGACCACCGGGUUGUUCCAAGACGUUGUUGGUCAGGGCGCUCGCCACCGAAGCUGGCCUCAACUUCCUGGCAGUCAAAGGCGCUGAAUUGAUUUCCAUGUAUGUCGGCGAGAGCGAAAGAGCGACGCGGGAAGUGUUCCGGAAAGCCAGAGCAGCCAGUCCGAGCAUCAUCUUCUUCGACGAGAUUGACGCCAUUGCCUCUCGCGGCAGAAGUGGAAGCGACUUGAACGUCCUGACGACUCUUCUGAAUGAGAUGGACGGCUUUGAAGAACUACGCAAUGUCCUGGUCGUGGCUGCAACCAACAAACCCCAGAACAUUGAUCCGGCGUUGAUGCGACCAGGGAGAUUCGACAACGUGGUAUACAUUGGCCCACCAGACCUCGAGGCAAGGAGGGAGAUCUUCCUGAAGCGGUUAGAGAAGAUCGACGAGGAACAACGACUGGAGUUAUACGAAGAUAUUGAAGAGUUUGCCAGAGCGACUGAAGGAUUCUCGGGAGCCGAGAUUGUCGCCAUCUGUCAGACUGCCGGAGAAUAUGCGUUUGAUGCAGACCGAGACGUGAUCAUCUCCGAGGACAUUAGAAAGGCGAUUGAGAACACUCCUAAGAGCAUUACAAGAGAAAUGCUGUUCGAAUUCGAAAGCUGGAACAAUGCUCGAAUGCGAUAG